AUGGAAGUGGCCAACCAAUCCAUUGUAGCAGGAUUUGCCUUGCUGGGGCUGUCAGAUCAGCCAAAGCUGGAGAAAAUGUUCUCUGUGCUCAUCGUGCUGAUGUACAUGGUGAUCCUACUGGACGACGGGGUCCCCAUCCUGGUGACCACACUUGACUCCCACCUGCACACGCCCAUGUACUUUUUCCUGGGGAACCUCUCUUUCCUGGACACCUGCUACACAACCUCUUCCAUCCCUCUAGUCCUGGAUGGCUUCCUGACCCCCCAGGAAACCAUCUCCUUCUCAGCCUGUGCUCUGCAGAAUUUUCUCUCCUUUGCCAUAGGAGCCUGUUAUGAGAGAAAUGAAGGACUCAUGUUUGUGCUGUGUGACACUGACCCUACCUAG